UAAGAAUCAGCCUGAUGCAUGAAACAGUAGUCAAACAAAGUGGCAUACUUAGGUUGUAUAAACAAUUUCAAUAUAGGUGUCGCUCCAGUAGCGGCACUGGAGACGUUACCCAACUAUUUAUCCUAAAAAAACCAGAAAAAAAAAAAAACAGUUGCCGUCAUGAGUAGUACCCAUAUUCUGGUCUUCCCAUUCCCUGCGCAGGGGCACAUGAUACCCCUCCUGGACUUCACCGAUCAGAUCAUCAGGUCCCGCAACGCCGGCGAAAUCACCAUCACCAUCCUCGUCACCCCCAAAAACCUCCCUCUCCUCAACCAAAUCCUGUCCGUACACCCCUCCAUCCAAACCCUAGUCUUGCCUUUCCCUUCCUCCUCUUCCAUUCCCCUCGGCGCAGAAAACGCCAAAGAUUUGAAACCCAAUUCCACUUCCGACCUCGCUAUGAUGCGGGCCGUCGGUGGGCUCCAUGACCCCCUGAUCAAAUGGUUCCGCUCCCACCCCUCGCCCCCCGUCGCCAUCCUGUCGGAUAUGUUCCUCGGCUGGACCCACCGCCUCGCCGCCGAUCUGGGCAUUCGCCGUAUCGUAUUCUCUCCGUCGGGGGCUCUGGCUUUGUCGGUCAUGUUCUCGAUGUGGCGAGAUUUGCCCACCAGACGCGACCCCAACGAUCAAAACGAGGUCGUUUCGUUCGGUGGCGUUCCGAAUUGUCCGAAAUACCCUUGGUGGCAGCUUUCCCCGCUGUACCGGAGCUACGUUGAGGGAGACCCAGAUGGGGAAUUUUUCAGAGACGCGUUUCUUGACAACUUGGCGAGCUGGGGACUCGUCGUCAACUCGUUUGGUGAUCUAGAAGGGGUUUACUUGGAGCAUCUGAGGAAGGAAACGGGCCAUAUUCGGGUUUGGGCUGUUGGGCCCGUGAAGCCCAUUGAGCAAUCUGGGCCCACUACGAGAGGUGGGCCGAGUUCAGUUUCCGCUGACAGCAUAACAUCUUGGCUUGACAAGUGUGAUGAUCUCAAGGUUGUGUACGUUUGCUUUGGCACUCAAGCCGUGUUGAGCAACGAUGAAAUGGAGGCGUUGGCUUUGGGGUUGGAGAGAAGUGGGGUCCGUUUUGUGUGGUCGAUCAAGGAGCCGGCGGAAGCACACGUGGAGGGUGGCUACGGGAGGGUCCCGCAGGGGUUCGACGAUCGUGUGGCGGGGAGGGGCCUCGUCAUAAAAGGGUGGGCCCCGCAGGUGUUGAUAUUGAACCAUCGGGCCGUGGGCGCGUUCUUGACUCAUUGCGGGUGGAACUCGGUGCUGGAAUCGGUCACGACAGGCGUGCCAAUACUAGCUUGGCCCAUGGGAGCCGACCAAUUCAUAAACGCGGCAUUAUUGGACCAAUUGAAGUUGGCAAUAAGAGUGUGUGAAGGGGAAGAAACUGUUUCUGAUUCGGUCGAUUUAGCUCGAGUUUUGGUGGAAUCAGUUAGGGAGGAUGACCGAGCUGAGAGGCAACGCGCUAAGCAAUUACGUGAAGCGGCACUUCGAGCCACGGUAAAUGGUGGUAGUUCAGUCAAGGAUGUCGAGUCCUUUAUUGUUCAUUUGGUUGCACUUGGAGUAGCUACUUGUAAGUAAAGCAUUGUUUUUUUUUUUAAAGCUAAUGAGAAUAAAAAGGGAAAAAAUUGCAGUCUCAAUUAGUAGCAAGCCACUUAUAUAAGCAAAAUGAGGUUUACUUAGAAUUUACAGCUAAAUUAUGUAUGCAACCAUAAUUCAGCACUUUUUCUGUUAAAAAAAAGGGUUUGUAACUUGAUUGGUGUUUUAGUUUUUUCGAUUGUAUGACUAAUCAUGUUAUUUAGAGUUUCAUGGUAGAAUUGUAAAAGUUAGCACAUGUAUAACUCGUAUGUCUGUUCGUAAGGAACUAAUAUUACUUACCAAUAUCAAUACAAA